AAUUUGCGCCGGCCACGAAAACACAACAGCUAUAUGUCGAGCGAACUUAACCUGUUCUUAUUGUUAUCAGUUUAAUAUUAAUCGCUAAGUAUUCAACAGCACAAUAUGUCAUCGAAAAAAGAGCAAAAAGAUAGUAAUGAUCCGGCGAUAAUCAAAGUCAAUAAAUGGGACGGAUCAGCUGUUAAAAUUGCCCUAGAUGAUGUUGUUAAAAACAUCUUGACCAAAAAAUACAAUUAUACGGAAAAUUUCGCUCUCCUCGAUGGCAGAUUAGCUCUAUGUGGAGUUGCAGUUUUGGUUGCUGCUAUAGCUUUAGUUUGGGACUAUUUCCAUCCUUUCCCUCAAUCAAAGCCAGUGUUGGUUGUAUGUGUCACCCUUUACUUUAUUCUCAUGGGAAUAUUGACUCUUUAUACCACGCAUAAAGAGAAAGGCAUUUUUGUUGUUGCUAUUCAAAGGGAUCCUACAGGGUUUGAUCCAGAUUUGGUUUGGGAAGCAAGCUCAUAUUUAAAAAAAUAUGAUGACAAAUACACUUUAGAACUGUCAGUUAAAGACGAUGCAACUGGAAUUACCAAUGAGACAUCGGUCACUAGAUCUGUUGCAAAUUUCAUAGAUAUAAAUGGAGUUGUCAUUCCAGAAUUAGUUGAGGCUGUGGUAGCAAAAAUGAUUGAUAGUUUGAGUAAACAGCGUAAAGAAAAAUGAGAAAAGUGUAUAAAUGAAUUAUAUUUAAGAUAAAGUUUCCAACUAUUUGUUAAAAA